UUCACACCACUUAUCCCCUCGGACAAAACGAGGAAUUCCCUUGUACGAACGGCCUCUGCACAAGCAAUUGAUGAUGAUGAUCCUCCUGGACAGAUGGUGACCAUGGGAUACAGCAUCCACUCAUCUGGGCCAUGAAUUGCCUUCGGUAGAAGCGACCCUGCCCAUCGAAUUCAAAUCCGUCAGAGCGGCACUCAGGUUCACUCACAAAAUGGGAGUUUUCCGUGCCGGACAACCUCUUUUCGAUUGAUAAAUGGGGUCAUAGUCACAGAACCGAUGGACCUUGGGAGAAACAACCAUUCAACGUGGGAUGGUCCGUUGAUGACAAGGGAAUAUUGGUCUGCAGAGAAGGGUAAACUCAUGCGAAGUUACAAGACUUUCCGAGUCAAGUUCAGAGUCCGAGAGUCCACGGUGACUGCUCAAAUCUCUGGUUACACAGUGGUAACAAAACUUGUCGUGCAACGCCCAAAAAGACAAGCUUUAGGCUUUAACGACCGUCCGGGUACUAGUUCAGUUACUGCGGGUCUGAUAGGCGCAAUUAGAGAAACUGGGGACACAGCCGUGGCUGAGAAGACCGGUAUCAUGACAAACACGAAAGAUAAGGGCCUCUGUUCUUGGAGUGUGCACGCAACAUUCCCUGCAGCAGCAGCAACUUUGCUAGGGAUCGAGGACGGUAGUUCAAAGAAGAGCUCAAGCUUAACUUUAGUCCACUCCGAGUCCGCUCGCAUAGGCUUCACCGCGGCUUUCGCACGAGUUCAGACAUACGUGCGACAAUCCAGGACAAUCCACAUCGAGGAACAUCCACACGGAAAACCAGACGAGAUCUUAUCAACAAUUUACCAGUUUGAUAUGACCAUAAUAAGCUCUUCAUUUCAAGUGAGAGGGCGAUCUAUCUCUCUACCCCUGAAACCUAAGCUGGAAGGGGGAGGAACCUGA